AUGCUGUCGGGAAGGUUUACCAGUGAGGACAAGAUCAAGUAUUUCCACGCUGUGAAGGGUAAGCUCAAGAGCCGUGGAAUCCGGACGUAUAUGGUGGAAACUGCCCAUGAUUACGGAGUGCCCACAGCCAGCUAUCUUUUCCGCGCACGAAUCAUGGUAGCGUUUUGCACCUCUACGUACGGCGAAGUAACAACUCGCACUUACGAGACCUGGUCAGAGCUUAAACAUGUGUACGAACAUCCUCGCGAGAUUGAGCUCCUCCCAGUCAAGCUGAUCACACAUUGGCCACCCCAACCUCCAGGACACGAGGACGGAAAAAGCUACUGCAAACUUGCGUUCGGACCAAGUCGCCUCUUUGUCGAAGGCCUCGAUCGUGAAGGCAAAUACUUGGCCCCAGAUGUAUUGGCUCACAGAAUUGUUGAGCACAUCACCCGCCUCGGGCUGCUGGAUGAGGUCCAGCAGCAGGACGUGGCUGGCCAAGAAGAAUUCUCUUUAUCAAGUAUGUUCUCCGGCGUCUCCGGUUUUUUCCAGGGGCUGUUCGAUGUGCCAGCUGCGGCUCCAGAAGUUCAGCAACCAGCUUCUGCACCGCCGACCCUGCCACCCAGGCUUCCCAAUCGGACUGCGGGCCCAACGGAAGUUCAGAUUUUCAGCAAGACCAGUGGGAA